AUGAGGAACGACCUGUCCGUGGCGUUUGCUGGAGCCUCUCUGUCUCCGGUGGCGUCCCGAGCAGCCUCCUUGCUGGAGGAAGCGGCGGAUCUGUUGGUGGUGCAUUUGGACUUCGCUGCUGCUGCCGACCGGUGUGAGAAAGGCUGCCAAAGCCUCCUGGGGGAUCUGGAGAAUGAGGACUCUGGCAGCUCUGAAGAACUGAGAUGCUCCUUGUGCAUCGUGGGUAUCCAGGCCCUGGCGGAAAUGAACCGAUGGAGAGAAGUCCUCCCUUGGGUCCUCCAAUACUACCAGGUUCCUGCACACUUGCCUCCAAAAGUUCUUGAGUUGUGCAUCCUCCUCCAUAGCAAAGUGAAAGAGCCUCUCGUGAUGCUGGACGUUGGGAGUAAUUGGUUACGUGCCUCAGCCAAUCAGCACAUGCCGACUUACGGCCUGUUGGUUCAGCUGUAUCUCUUCCACGUUCUCUUGCCGCUCGGUCGCUUUGCAGAAGCGCGGGACCUGGUCGAAGGCUGUAAGGCAUUAAGCAAGGAGCAGCGGCUGGAGGCACGCAGGGCCAUUAAAGAGAAGAGGCGGCAGUGGUCGCAGCAGGCAGACAAACACCCAGAUCCCAAGGAGCAGGCCGACAUGGCGUGGAAGACUCAGCUGGGUUCAGUGUCCCAAAAGGUGUUGACCACCUUGGCGCAGCUGGGCAGAGCCCUGGGGUGCCUGGCAGGCCAGCUCGGCUCCAUCCCCUACAAAAAGGCUCUCUUCGCAGCUUUCCUGUUGUUCCUCGUUGUCGUGAAACUUGAUCCAGCGUCUCCCACCUCCCUGCCCUUCCUCUACAGGCUCACCCAGCUGUUCCAUCAAGCCCGCUCAGCAGUAUUUUCCUCACACUGCAGAUCUCCAGUUCAAGGCUAA